UUUUUUUCCCCAAUCGUAUUCCCCCUAAAUUACUUCUCUGACCUCUGACAUUUUCUGUUCCUUUAUACCCCCAAACUUAUCCAAAUUUCAAGAUUUUCUUCUCUGCUUAAUUUUGUGUUUUGGAACUUUGGGAAAUCCUAGAAUCGGAAGCAAAAAAAAUCAGCCGAACUGGUCUGCCAUGAAAGUUACCUUGGAAAGAACUUGGAUUUCCGACCGUACACUUCACCGUUUAGAUCGAAAAGCAUUGCCAGUAGACGCUCCCUUCAUUCCCAUUCAGAGAAAGUCACCAAGAUAGAAAGAGAGAUGUUUGAAUUGAGAGAAGAGUCUUGCUUUCCACGGGUCUUGGUGUGCUUGAAUGUGUUUCUUGCUCUAGUGGAUGCCAUUAUUGCUGUUCUUGCAUUUUGUCAGCUAAUGAGGAUUCAUUCAAGGAAUUCACAAGUUGUCUGGACUCGCCAAAAAGUGUGUCACCUAAUGAUUGGGUCAUCUAGUAUGGGUUACUUUGUUUAUUUUGUAUUAGCUCUUGUCGCUGCUUGUAAGGAUUGGCCAUGUUGGUCUAACUCUUGUGGUUUUAUCCUCAUGGCUUUGCCAAGAAUCCUGUUUUUUGCGGUGUUUCUUCUUCUUUUAUCAUUCUGGGUUGACCUUUGCCAUCAGGCAAAUGAUGAGGACGAGGAAUAUGAAGAAAGUAGUUCUCAGGAGGCUUUAUUGGAUAAGAACUUAAACAAAUCAAGCCCAUCACGAAUGGAUGGUCAUAGAAAGUGUUUUCCCCUUCGCUGUCUCCACGUUGGAAGCCACCAAAAGAUUGUGAUAGCGGUUAUUGUGCUAGUUUUUGUUGUAAUGAUGGCUUGUGCUCUGAUAAUCUGGAUUGGGAUGGGAAAAAAUUCUAUCGACUCUGCAGUUGUGGCUCGGGUGUAUGUAGACUUCUUCGCCAUAGCAAUACUUUUAUUAGGAGGGGCAUUGGCAUAUUAUGGACUUCUAUUAUGCUUAAAAAUGAGCAAAGUUAGAUCCGAGCAAGCUUCAUCUGAAAAGUGGAAGUUUGCAGGUUUAGCUGUUGUCUCUGUGCUCUGUUUCACUUCAAGUUCUUUUGUAGCUCUUUUGACUGAUAUUCCGAUGUUAUAUCACUGGCCUCAACAUCGCUCAAAUGUCAUUUGUGCAUCCCUUUUACUGCUUGUGUAUUAUUUUAUAGGUUCAUCAAUGCCCUCAGCCUUUAUAUUAUGGACCAUGAGAGAACUACCCACAUCAGUCUCAGCUAAACCACGAGAAGCAAGCACGAUAACUUUCGUCGCUGAUAGUUCAGCUGUAGGUCAAAAUCCUCAGCGCUGGACAGCUGCAAUGCAGAAUCAGCUUCAGGAAGAAGGCUGGAAUUUCUGAUGAAUGGAAACUGGUUUGGCAUUGAGAUGGGAUUAACAUAGACUGCGGCGUUACAUAUUGGCAAUCGGAGGACAAUCCUAAGGUGGCUGCUUGCCAGUUUACCACGCUUUUGACAUUCUUGGCAUGUAUGUAUAUGGUGACAGAAUGCCGAGUGAGGGAUGAUUCUCUUUCUCCAGUUGUAAAAAAUUUUGGAAGGCUGAUUAUGGGCAGCAAUUGCCUCUGCUUUUUUCCCCCUUAUAUUUUGUCAAAUGGCUCUUGAUUUUACAAAGUUGAUUUGUGCGCCUUUGGUUUGAUUUGAUGGUAAGGUAAAUGAGGAUCACGAUCACUUAAAAAUAUUUUAUCAUGAUCAUCUAAAAUUUUCCAAUGAAGGAUGGA